AUGGCCAAUGUUUGUUCAAUGGUAACUAUUGCCGAUAUUCACAAUGCUGAUUUACUUAUGUCUGCAUGCAUUCCUUUGGUUCGUAGCCAUAUACGCCAACUUAUGGCUAGUCAGGAAUGGACUGAAAUGAAGACAAAUAACCCUCGUUUGUUGAAUCUGGUCUUGGAGAAGGUGAUAGUCAUUAGCGAGAAGAAUCUCCCGACACCACAACAGAAGAAUCUCCAACCGCCGCAGAAACGUAUUCGUUUGAACGAUAUGUAUUACCAUCCAAGUUAG